GCUGCGUUGACCGCGCAUGCGCUGAUUCUCCUCAAGGGUUCGUGGCGCUCACAACACGCCGCUAUUUCUCAAUGUUGAUGUUAGUUGUCUGCAGUCAGCUGGUUGACCUGUUGGCGUCACCGAGGCUUUAAUAGAAUGAGACGCGCCGACGCGGAGGACGAACCUGCAGUUUUCCGACGGGUCGUGUUGAAGAACGCCUCGCCGUACCACUACAUGAAGGUCCGCCUGUGAGUCACUGCUUAUCAACGACACUCUAUUGGUUUCUUUUUAAUCGUCUGUUGAUGUCGUGCAUAUCUGUAUAUUGAUCCAUAAUAUUUAUGCACGUCCACCUUGUGCAUUGAACCCACGUGAUGUCUCUUGCGCCCAGCGCUCUGGAGGAUGAGUCGACCAGACUGAGUGCAGUUGAGCUGAAGCAGUUCAUCGUCACAGGUCUGAGCAGCCUGUAUGGAGAGGUGGGAGCAGCGCUGACCUUUGACCUGCUGAAGUACGAUGAAGACACCCUCACUGCUCUUCUGCGUGUUUACAGCAAGGGUUUGGUGAAGCUGUGGAGCUCCCUGACUCUGCUGGGCUCCUACCAGAACCAGGACUGUGCCUUCAGGGUGCUGCAGGUGUCUCCGUUCCUGCUCGCGCUGACGGGAAAUAGUCGCGAGCUGCAGCUGGACUGAAGGAGGAGGAGGAGCUCCUCUUCUUCAAGAUGACUUUCAUUUGGAGCAGCAUCCUUAACAACCCGCGGCUGCGCCUCGCUCCUCCUUCCCGCCGGCUGCUCCACGUCGGCCAGCGAGCCUCCCUCACCAAAGCGUUCUCCGCCCGCGACGUGCAGCUGUUCGCCGAGCUUACGGGCGACAACAACCCCCUCCACCUGGACCCGGCCUACGCCAGCACCACCUCCUUCGAGGCGCCCAUCGUCCACGGCGUCCUCAUCAACGGCCUGAUCUCGGCCGUGCUCGGCACCCGGAUGCCCGGCCGCGGCUGCGUCUUCCUGUACCAGGAGAUCCGCUUCCCGGCGCCGCUCUACGUCGGCGAGGAGGUGCUGGCCGAAGCCGAGGUCCGCAAGAUCAAGAUGUCGUUCGCCUUCAUCGCCGUGACGUGCUCCGUCAGGGACAAGGUGGUGAUGCAGGGGGAGGUGAUGGUGAUGAUGCCCGAGGAGCAGCAGAAGAAGGAGUGAGCGGGGGGAGGAGGUCAGAGGUCAAAUAUCUCGCCGUCUCUCCAGAUAUUUUUUUAGUUUAUUGAUCAUAUACUUGACUGAUGCAAACAGGAAGUGCGUCUGCACAGAGACGUUUAAGCUUUGAGGAUUUUAUUUUUAUGUUUAGUUUGUCAGAUCUGCUCUCUACUUUCUUCAAUGUGUGAAAUAUGUGGAAUAAAAUCUCUUGAGUUCAGG